GAAAGUGGGAAGAGGUUUUCUCAAGUCCAGAGGAAGAGAUAAAGCCAAGCAGCAAGAGCCGGAGCGGAUCAACCCCGCAGCAGAGAAGCGCAACAGGCAACGGGCUGAGGCGCUCCGCUCGCCGCGGCAGAGACUUGGCCAAGAAGGACGUUCCUGAGGACGUGGCCACAGUAGAGGGGCCGUACAUCUGCUGCGAGUGUGGGGAGAGCUUCCUGGACAAGCAGCUCUUUGCCACCCAUCAGAAGGCGCACGCCAACGAGGAAGCCUGCACUUCCCUGGAGCACGGAGAAAGCUUCAGGCAGAAAUCCAAAACAACCCCUACGAAAGCCCAAGGGCCCUCCCGCUCCAAACCGUCCAAGCGCCCCGAUGGGGAGAAGAGCUCUGGUUUCAAGUACGGCUUUGUCAGGCACCAGGUGAACAACAUGGUGGAGAGACCGUACACCUGCUCCCAGUGCAAGGAGAGCUUCAGCCUGGAGGUGAGUCUUAUCUUGCACCAGAAGCUCCAUACGGGGAAGGCCAUCCGCCAUCAGCGCAUCCACACCGGGGAGAGGCCCUACCAGUGCACCGAGUGCGGGAAGAGCUUCAUCCGGCGGGACCACCUGCUCAAGCACUGGCGGGUCCACACCGGGGAGACCCCCUACCAGUGUCCCGUCUGCGGAAAGCACUUCCGCUACAAAGAGUCUCUGAAUUGUCACCAGAAAAUCCACUCCCGCAACCCCCGGCCCAUGGAGGAUUCGCAGCACAACCUGGAGUCGGCAACUCAAACCGGCCAUUUCUGCGUGAAAAAAGAAACUAAGCAGUAG